GACAUGGCCGACAUCGGCAAGUUUUCUUCUCUACUCGCUGUAUAAAACACAACCACAGUGACUAAGUGGCGGGUAUAUAAAGUUGACCAAUCAGAGAUGGGAUCUGGAGGCAGUAAAAAGAAGCCACCUGUUAACACUAACCAAAGUGCAGGAGGAGAUAAGGGGCAGACAACACCAAAGGCAGAUAACUCAAAUACUACUGGAGAUAGCAAAGGGCAGACAACUCCAACUUCACAACCAAAGGCAGAUAACUCCAAUACUACUGGAGAUAGCAAAGGGCAGACAACUCCAACUUCACAACCAAAGGCAGAUAACUCUGAUGCAACAAAACUUCCACCUAUAAAACAGGAAGUGUCUGUUCCUCCUAGUUCACCACCAGCCCAUACAACAGGGGGCCGGCCAUUGCCACCAAUAAAACAGGACAAAGCAGAAUCACAAGAUCCCAAGGGAGACAACUCACAAGGGGGAGGGGAAAAAUCGGAGCGAUCAAAAGAAGAACAAGCUGUACUAAAACCUGAUCCUGAUAGUAAAACAGGAGAAGAUAGCUCUCCUGUAGAAAAGUCAGAAAAAGUUGAAAGUAAAACAGGAGAAGAUAACUCUCCUGCAGAAAAGUCAGAAAAAGUUGAGAGAGAGACUGAGGAGAAAAAAGGUUCCGAUUCAAAAGAACGAAAUCAACAAGAAAACAUCGAAAAUAAAGGAGAAACAGAAGCUUCCACAAAUAAACAAGACAGUGUGAAAAUGCCAGAAAUAGAGGACAGAGUUAUUCCCCCUGAACCUGAAGAUCAGCGUAAUUUUGAUGAUGCUCUUAGUUCUGCGUGUCUUCUAAUUAAACCAGACAGUUUGUUAAAGAAUCUCAAUGUUCAGAAUGUCACUAAGUUACUUUUACAGAGGUCACUGCCCUCUAACUUCAAACUGCAUGACCUCCUCACCAAGUUAACACAUGUACAGGAGCUUGAUCUGUCCUAUAACAACAUGGGUCCGCAGGCGUUCCGCAGUGUGUGUCUGGCCAUGUGUAACAAUACUACGAUCCUCAGUCUCAAUCUGUCCGACAACAAAACAGACACAGACACAUCUGAGUGUAUUGGGCAGAUGUUGAGAAUGAACCAAACACUAGCUUACCUGGAUAUUUCUAACAACAACCUCGGAAUCGACUACUUCUCCAAAUGUGUGGGUCCAGCCCUCAAAACCAACACCUCUAUACAGACUCUCAGGGCCAAAAGUUUGGGGAUGAGGGACCUACGUGUGUUGAUGGAGGGACUGACAGAAAACACAAGUCUGACAGAGAUAGAUUUCAGUAUGAACUCCUUCUCUCAUCCUGCUGGUGUGACCGAAGGGUUUGCAAACAUACUUAAGCGAGAUGACUGUGGACUUCGGUCUAUGGCCCUGGGGAACUGUGAACUAAAUGAGGCCAGUAUAGAAAUUCUGAGAGAUGGCCUGCAGAACAACACAUCAAUGACUGAACUCAAUCUCAACGGUAAUGCGUUUGGGAGCCUGAAGACCUUACUGAAGGUUGUAGUGACGGCCGCUAGCCACCCAAGUAUAACUAACCUGAGUGUGGACAAUGUCCAGAUCCAAGACACCACCUGUACAACAGAUGAUGCUGCAUCUUGUGUCCGACCAGAUGUGAUAUCAAACCUUCAAUUCCUCAGCCUCAGCAGCUCAAAAAUCAACGACACCUUUAUAUCUUCUAUAGCAACUCUUCUCAAGGGCAGACAACUGCCGCUCAUAGACAUUGACCUGAGUGCUAAUGAUGAGCUGACACCGGGGUGUCUGAAGUUUGUGGCUGACAUGACCUCAACUGACGGGAGCCCCAGUGUACUUCGGAAGUUAAAGUACAGUCUGAUGAAAAACACGAACGGCCUGACAGAUCAGCUGACCAACGGUCAGUUUCCAAGCCUCCACUACCUUAAUGUGAGGAAGUCUAAACUGACCGACAUCCAUCUCCUGCCUGACCUCUAUAAAGUUCAAGGCAGUCUGACCACUCUGAUUCUGGAUGGACAGAAGAUUGCAAACACUGACGUCAUGGAGACACUGCUGGCGAGCUCUACUGGAGGCUCCCUGACCACCCUGAGUGUAGGGGCAUGCUCCCUGUCUGCAACAGACAUCGCUCCCCUCUGUCAGGCCCUCAGGAAGGGCCUGAAGCUGCACAUGCUAAAAGUCUCGUCCAAUCGACUGGAGGAUAAGGGAGUGACAGACUUGGUGGAGGCGGUCCUUAGCAACAAGACACACCCCCUGGCAGUCCUGGAUGUGUCUAGUAAUACUAUGACGGACCAAGGUGCUCUGUCCCUGGCCAAACUAUUCACAACAAAGAGUCACACAUCUCAACUACACAGCCUCAAUGUCAGCUCUAACGACCUUGGGAAGGUCGGGUUGGUGACCCUGGUGUCGGUGAUUGGAGGGAAGUCGCCACUCCGGACGCUGUAUCUACAGAAUCAGACCCGCGGCGUAGAUGAGGGUGAUAUGGAUGAAGUUUUUAAAACGCUUGCAAAAUCACUGGGUUUUAAAGUAGAGAUGAAGGAUGAAGAAAUUGUCCAAAGUUGUUCCGACCGGCCAAAUUUACCAGAGGGACUUGUUGUCAAGUUAUCUCCCCUUGGAGGCAGCCCAGGAAAACUCGGCUGUAAUCUGGACAGUCCGCGGAUACAGACCGACUACGCCAAGGAGAAACUGCCCAACCUGUCAUUCGCUGACUCUCAGGUUAUCUCUGCCUUCCUCAAAGGAACUGGCAGUGACGUGUGUGUGUGGUCCGGGGAGGAAUGGAAGAUGAUCACAGGUUCUAACAAACCUACCACAGACACUCCAUCAUGGCUACAGGUGGCGAGCAGCCGAGAUUUACUGGUGUACUUAUGUAACUUACCGGGGAACACAACAAGACAGAAAGUAGAGGCGUUACUGGAAAUGGAAGCUGACUGUACCCUGGAGGAAGUCUGUCUCAUGAAGGACCCUGUGACCAGGAGCAUCAAUGGUGUGGGCUGGGCUCUGCUCGGAGACAAGGAAUCUGUCACUAAGGCUCUUGACUUCUUCCAUGCUGGCAUGGCGACCAUAUUUGGUCAGGCAUUUCUAAUUUCACCUGUAAAGGUGAAAGUUGAUGAUGAGGCGAACACAGAAUCCCAGGCGAAGGCCAGGGAGGACCAGGAAGAAAGGCUGAAACAGCAGCGCCAGGACGAUAGAGACCAUCGGCGACUUAUACAGAGGACUACAGACGAAACGUGGAAACGUCAUGCCUACAGACUCGCACAUCCUGCUUACGCUGACGGUCGCAUCUGGUAGUUCCAGUCUGGAAAGGGAAAACAAAUCUUUGAGGUCACUAUUGAUUUUGCAACUGCCAUGCAAAUUCAUCUUAUAAAAGCAGUAGCACAAUUUCUUUAAGAAUAAACACAACUUUUUUUUUUCUAGAAAUGUCUCAAACAUUGAAGUUAUCUGUCCUCAUCAAUUAAGAAUGCUGAAUUUAUGACAUUUUUUAUUUCUGGGAAAUUUGUUCAAACAUAUUUUAUUGACAUUGAAUAGUCAAAAGAGAUCCGGCACAAAUUCUUACAGCUUACUAGGCCCUCUCCCAGGGAAAUGGAUUAAUUAAGCUGAAAGCAGGUUGUCCUUGAAAUUUUUACAAGCAUUUUUGCUGAAAGUAUCGUAUACACUGUAGAUACUUUUAUACACAGGAAGAUAAAUCUCCAAAUUUAGUAUGACAGUGAAACUAACUAAGUAGCUCUAACAAUCUCUAUACCCUAAACACUUCAUACCUAACAAUCUCUAUACCCUAAACAC